CCCCUUCCUGCCCGUACAUGUGUUUCUGUUUUGUAUCGCAGCGUUUUGCGCUGCAGGCUCGUAUUUACAUUGCAAGUGCAUCUGGAAACACCGCCACAAACAUUGCCGAGGCGCCGAGUUGUUGCUUGCUUUAUGCUGCGCCCAUCGCCCUAAAAUCAGGCUCCAUGCCCCGCAGGAAGGCGGCGGGGCCGCCCUGGGAAGCGGCCCCGGGGAACGGGGCUGCGGCAGCGGGGAGGCGGCGGCCGGGCCCGGCGGCGGGAGCGCGGCGCAGGCCGAGGCCUGAGCGCGGCGGCGGAGCAGGAGGAGGAGGAGGAGGAGGAGGCGGCAGCAGCGGCGGCAGCAGCGAGGAGGAGGCGCCCCGGGAGCGGCGGCCCCGGGACGGGAGCCCCGGCGGGAGGAGGCCCGGCAGGCCCGGCGGAGGGGCAGCGGGAGCGGCGGGACGGGGACCGAGCGUCGUCAUCUGCGAGCCCGAGCACAGCAAGGAGCGCAUCAAGCUCGAGGGCUCCAAGAGCCGGGGGCAGCUCCUCAUCUUCGGGGCCACCAACUGGGACUUGAUCGGCCGCAAGGAAGUGCCUAAGCAGCAAGUUGCCUAUCGGAAUCUGGGCCAGAACCUGUGGGGGCCGCACAGGUACGGGUGCCUCUCAGGUAUUCAGGUGCGGAGCGUGGUGUCAGGACCCUGCGCUGCUCACAGCCUGCUCAUCACCACCGAGGGCAAGCUCUGGAGCUGGGGUCGCAAUGAAAAGGGGCAGCUGGGACAUGGGGACACGAAGCGGGUGGAAGCGCCAAAGCUCAUCGAGGUGCUGGGGGGUGAAGCCAUCGUGCUGGCAGCCUGUGGUCGAAAUCACACCCUGGCACUCACAGAGAGCGGCUCCGUGUUUGCCUUCGGGGAGAAUAAAAUGGGGCAGCUGGGGCUGGGGAACCAGACAGACGCCGUGCCCAGCCCCACACAGAUCAUGUACAACGGGCAGCCCAUCACCAAACUGGCCUGUGGUGCUGAAUUCAGCAUGAUCAUGGAUUGCAAAGGAAACCUUUACUCCUUUGGGUGCCCUGAGUAUGGGCAGCUGGGGCAUAAUUCCGAUGGGAAGUUCAUUGCCCGAGCGCAGCGGAUCGAGUACGACUGCGAGCUGGUGCCGCGCCGCGUGGCCAUCUUCAUCGAGAAGACCAAAGAUGGGCAGAUCCUGCCCGUCCCCAACGUGGUGGUGCGGGACGUGGCGUGCGGGGCCAACCACACGCUCGUCCUGGACUCUCAGAAGCGCGUUUUCUCCUGGGGCUUUGGGGGCUACGGGCGCCUGGGCCACGCCGAGCAGAAGGACGAGAUGGUGCCUCGCCUGGUCAAGCUCUUCGACUUCCCAGGGCGCGGAGCAGCGCAGAUCUACGCUGGGUACACGUGCUCCUUCGCCGUCAGCGAGACAGGCGGCUUGUUCUUUUGGGGUGCCACCAACACCUCCCGGGAGUCCACCAUGUACCCUAAGGCUGUGCAGGACCUCUGUGGCUGGAAGAUCCGCAGCCUGGCCUGUGGGAAGAGCAGCAUCAUCGUGGCAGCGGAUGAGAGCACCAUCAGCUGGGGGCCCUCACCCACCUUCGGGGAACUGGGCUAUGGGGACCACAAGCCCAAAUCCUCGACGGCUGCCCAAGAGGUAAAGACCUUGGAUGGGAUCUACACAGAGCAGGUGGCCAUGGGCUAUGCCCACUCCCUGGUGAUCGCCCGCGACGAGACCGAUGCCGAGAAGGAGAAGCUCCGCAAGCUGCCCGAGUACAACCCCCGCACCAUCUGAGGGACCCCAGACCUGCCGGGACCCCCCCAAACCCAGCCAGGACCCCAAACCUCACCGGGACCCCCCCCCCAAACCCCGCUUUUCCAAGCCAGCCACGGAUUUAACUACCUGUUAUCCCAUUCCCAAAGCCUUGGGGGGUUUAUUUCCCCCUUCCCAUGGCUUUCUGCGUUCCCGACCGUAGCAGGAUCUUUUGGCACAUCCAGGCUUAGUUUCGGGGGGGUUAUUUUUUUUUGUUUUUUUGUAAUUAUUUUGAUUUUUAUUUGUAUUUUUCCCCACCUUUUUUUAUCUUCCCUUUUCCCAGCUCCACAUUCCCUGGCUGCGCCACAUUCCCUGGCUGCGGGCUCAGGAUACCAUUGGGGACCUGAAGAGCAGCAGCAAAACGCUUCUUUCCCCUCCUCUAAUAUCCCAAUCUUUUAGCAUUUUUCCCAUAUUCCCCCUGCUUUGGGUGCUUUCAUUUUGGGGGAUUCCCCCCCCUGCUCUUCCAGCAUCCCUGUUCCCGGAGGGAUUCAGGAUACGGAUCUCACCCCCCGCAAUGGGUCAAACCCAUCCCCAGCAUCCUUUUGGGGCUCCCCUCCAGCUAUCGCAGCCCUUGCCCACCCCAGGGAGAUCUCAGGUAUGAAGAGGGGAGCCCCUAAAAGCUCGUUCUUGGCAUUAUUGAUUCAUUAGGGUUUAAUUCCUGUUAACUCUGCCUGGUCUCAAGCCCAAAGCCCCUCCUACGACGCUGUGCACUGUGCUGGAGAAACGAGGUGCCUUUAGCAGAGCCUGGCUCUGCCUCCGCGCAACCCAAGGGUGAUUUUAACUUUGAGUUCUGUCUUUUUAGGGGUUCUUUUGAGUUAUUGGGAGGGGGGGGUGUCAGGGGCAGCAUUUGCCCUGUUUGGGGAGUUUUACAGUAAAGCAAAGUGUUUUUUUUUUCAUUUUCUUUGGGAUUGGGGGUUGUUUUGGGGGGGGUUAGAGAGCAAAGAUCCGGGAUUGGGAUUGCAGUUGGGUGGAAAAGUGAAAUAUUCCACUUUUUUAGCAAUAGUCAUUUUUAGGGGCUUGUGGCACAAGCGGAGCCACAGCCCCAGUAAAAUGGGGUGAAGAAAUCACCCCAAACCCCAAUUUUACCCCUCCAAAAAACAUCGUUUUGGCUCCAUCCUGCCCGACGGCAACAUGGUUUUAGCCUGGUUAAACUCCCCUUUCCGGCCACGGGUCGGAGGAGGCUCCGGGAAGGAGCCAUGAUCCCAAGGCAGGAGGAUGUGGGAAUGCCGCGUCCUUUAGCAGCAGGGCCUGGGUUAGUGCUGGAAUUGUCUUCUUCAUGGUUUGGUUUUUUAUAUUUCUUGGAGGAAAUGUUUAAAUAAAGGCUGUCAUUGUGUACA